ACUCCUUAGACUGGAGGAAGCGGCGUGGUGCCAGUCUGGGCUGGUCUCUGCGAUUACGUCCCGCGGGUGUGUCAGCUAAAAGCCCGCAGGGAGUGGUGCAGCACUGACACAUGCGAGCCUAGCGGAGCCCGAGCGGCCACAGCGUCAGCUGGGGAGCGAUGGCAUCGGCAUCUCCCACUGCAGCCACCUCGCAGUCCACCCUGCCCUCUGGACCGAUCGUCUUUAAAACCAUUCCCUACGCCUUCAUCCUGCCGGAGAUAAUCUGCGGGGCCUGGGUUUGGAUCCUCGUUGCUGCUACCUCAGUCUCCUUCCCACUGCUGCAGGGAUGGGUUAUGUACGUGUCCCUCACCUCCUUCCUCAUCUCCCUGUUGCUCCUCAUAAGUUACCUCUUCGGCUUUCACAACAACAGCAACAACUGGAAAGUGCUGGAUAGUUUGUACCACGGUGCCACAGCCAUUCUGUACAUGAGCGCUGCUGUCUUGCAAGCCAACGCGACAAUCAACUCCGAGUUCAGCUUCAGCUCACCACGCUACUACCAGCUCAACUGUGCGGCAUCGUUCUUCGCCUUCAUCACGACCUUCCUGUAUAUCCUUCAUGCCUUCAGCAACUACUACCAGUGAGCCUGGUGGAGAUGGCACCAGCUUCACAUCUUCAGGAUGAGGGCGUUCCUACAGCAAAGGCAGCAGUGGGCUUCCAGAGGUGUCCUGGCACCUCCACCGACCCCGGCGAGACGCGGUUGUUCUUUCAGUUCAUUGAAAGAGGGUUUUUUGUACAGCGGUGUCGUGUCCUUGUGGUUUUGGGGAUGUUUGAUGCUGGGGCCUGUAGGCUACAAGAGGGAAGGCUGCAUGUGGGCUCCAAUGUUCCACUGAGCCCAGGGGAGAAGUCAGACAGCGUUGGGAAGGGCAAUCUCCCCUGGCAGCAUCUCAUGCUGCCCUCCCCUGCAGCAGCAUGCCUCGUCUCUACCCCAUCCUGCCCCGGCCCCUGGAGUCCUGCCCCAGCUCCUCUGCCUUGCAGAGCCCUCUGCAAAAUCCAUCCCAGCCCCACAGGCUAGAGGUUUGCAAAUCAAGUACAGGGAAAGUAAACAGCUUGGGCAAUCUCAUUACUUCAAGCCAUUCUUGCAAUGCUGCUCUGCCCAUGCUGGCACAGCACUGUAGCUGCUCCUGUUCCUCGGGCUGCCUCUCCCCUGUGAAAUGUCACCCAGCCGCACUAGGCUCAAAGGUCACAGACAGGUAGCUUACUACAUGGGCAAUGAGUUAUUUACAAGCUGCUGGGUGUAGAGGGCACCUAGGGCAAGGGGUGAAAGGAAUGUACCUUGAUAAUGGGACAGGGAGCAUGCAGUGAGGCCAGGAGCUGCUGCCCACACCAGGGCGCAUUUGUGCACUGCUGGGAACCCAUUGAGUGGGGAUGCACACAGAUGGGGGCUGCAAGGGGUGGGAGGGCAAGGGAGUGCAAUUGGAGGGGUUUCCUUGCAUUCCAAGGAGGAACUUUCCCCCUUCUUUGCACUCACAAUAGCAGUUUUCUCCAAAGCAGAAGGAAGUUCCUGCUAUCCCACAGGGCAUCUUCCUCCAAGUGUGGGGAAAACAAACAUGAAUCAAAGUGGGAAUUUCAUCCGGUGUCACGGGAGGGGGGAGGUCUUGGCCUUCCACAUGGAAAUUUCUGUCAAAGGUGGGGUGGUAAUUACCUGGUAACCCAAGUGGUAAUUAGUACCACAGCAAGGGAGGAAAUUCUAAUAUUUCUUGGGGAAAUUUCCUUUAAAAUGAGGUAAUUUUUUUCUGGCAUUUGUAGUGGAAAUUUCCUCACAUGUGAGGAAGGAAUUUCCUGACAAUCCCCAAUAGGAGCUCUCUGAAAAAAGAGAGCAAGUUCCCAGCAACUCACAUAGGAAUUUUCUUAAAAGGGGGGAACUUCCUCCAAAGGGAGAGUCCUUUUCCCCACGUUCCAAGUGGGAAUUUCCCCCAUAGAGGAGCAGGGGCUCUCCUGACCUCCCCACAGCCAUUUUCACCCAACCAGGGAAGGGCUGUUGAUGUGGCAGAGCUGCCCCUUUCCCAAUUAGGUGCAGAUGGAGCAUAAAAGGAAACCAGCAUGAAAAUGGUAAGAAGUCUUCAAUGUCAUUUUUUUCCUUACAUGGGGCUGCUAACAGAAAGAAAAUUCACUGAUAAUGACUGCAAAAAUGUGUUGUAACUGCUAAUGAAAACGUGCAGCUUGAUGUAGCCGUAGAUACAGAAGUAUUCUUUUUUUAAAUAUCACAAGCUAAUCAGAUUUUAUGCAAGGAAUCCCAUUCAGAGAUAUGGAUUACCUUUAUUCCGUAAUCAAUUUUGUUACUAAAGAACACAAACUUUGACCCAUGUCGUACAGUAAAUUUGAGCAGAAAGCUCCAGACG